AUGCCUCCUCAGCCACCGAAUCCGGGUCCUGUGCUUGCUCCGGGAAAGCCAAUAGAGGGCUCACUCUCCUCUGCCCUGGGGACACUCAAGGUCCAUGUUAGGCCUGCUCCAGGCCUGAAUCCUAGGCCCAGGUCAAGACCAUCGAAGGCCCACACCCUGGGCCCACUCAAGGUCCACACCAUGGGCCCACUCAAGGUCCACGCCCUGGUCCCAUACCCUGGGCCUACUCAAGGUCCAUGCCCUGGGCCUGCUCUUGCUGCCACCCAUACUGUCCAAGCUCAGGACAAGAUAGGGCCUUGGAAAUGUGUACAUCUCAUCAGAAAGUCGCUAUUUAUUCUAUCGGGAAAAGCAACUUCAGAGCAGUGUCAUUGUUUCCAGAAUGUUCUUGGUGCUGUGCGAUUCCUCAGAACCCCAGGGCACAAGAUGGACAGGCUCGAUGGGCUGAAUGGCCUAUUCUUGACAGUAUUGGGGCCCUAUGGAGUCGACCGAAGAGUCCACUGUGUAGACUUUACAGACUGUGAGAAUGGACUGGGUAUUAAGGUGAUUGGAGGGUUAAAGGAGCUGACGGGAGAGGAGUAUGGGGUGUACGUAAAGAGGAUUCUACCUGGUGGUCUAGCUUCAGUGGAUGGGCGGCUGCAACCUGGAGACCAGAUUCUCGAGGUUAACGGUGAGAGUCUGGUUGGAGUGACGAACGAAAGUGCUGUGGAAAUCCUUCGAGGAGCUUCAUCAUCCAAUAACAUGCGGCUGAUGAUUGCCAGAGAUGAACAGGGCAGGAGAGAAUUUUUGGAAUUAUUAGCAAACUAUGGAUCCAGGGGGAGUACGGGAUCUGCAAGGAAUUCACCCACUCCACAAGGAUCAGGACGAGAGAGAUCAUCAUCGAGUUCCUCAGCGUCGUCCCUGAGCUCAGAACAGUUAAGUCCGGCUCGUUCCUGUAACUCAUCCAAUGGAAACACCGAGAGUUUACUUUGCUCUAACACACACAAUGAGGGAAUUCAGCUCGUUACCAUCACCAAAUCCGCAGGCCUUGGAUUGACUGUGACAGGGGGAUCCAACAGGCCUGAUGGACCCAAAGUCUAUGUGGAGGACAUCAUCUUGGGAGGAGAUUGUCAGAAGGAUGGCCGACUCCGUCCAGGUGACCAGUUGGUUGCUAUUAACAAGAAGUCCCUGAUUGGAGUGACGUAUGAGGAAGCUAGGAGCAUCCUCAAUAAAAUGACGAUCGCGAAUGAAGGAACCAUAACAAUUGCCUUUUUACCAGGCAAAGGGGCUUCACAUUCUGCUGCCUCAUUACAAGAUGGGGACAACUCAAUGCAGAAAAGCACUGGAAAUGGCUACAGUUCUUGUCGGAUGAAGGUUCAUGUGAGAACACCUAAGCCCCAACUUGAAGACCGCUGUCCAGUGCCUUUCCAGUCACCUGACAUUUGCCCACUACAACUAGCUGCCUCAGCUGCCAAACCAUCCAUUCAGAAAGAAGUGCCCAGUAUCAAACGUAAAGUCUCUCUGGACCCUCAUGUUCGGUUAAAGGUGGAUAAACUCGAGUUGGCACUAAAGUAUCUCGGUCUACAUGUCACAGAAGAACGAACAAGGAAACUGAGGCACAGUCUCACAAAUGACUCCCAGGGAACUGUGGCCUUUGGAGAUUUUGUGCAGGCAGCGAGAAUAACCUUACCACAGGAGCUGGAGGAUGUUGGCCUAAGUCAAAGUCCCCUGAUGUUUUCUCCUCAUGAAAUUGCAAACCUUCUGGAUACAACAGCGUUCCAAUCCCCGAUCUUUAGUUCCAAUACCUUCCACGACUCUGAGAACAUAGACCACCUACAGUCAGAAGUAACUGAAUUACGUCAGGAGAUUAAGAAAUUGAAGGCUGUUAUCAGGGAGAUGGAAAGGGACAAGAAAGCGCUGGAAGAGGAUCUGCAACAGAUCAAUCAGAAAGCCACAGCCGCUGCUGCAGAAAACAAGAUGCUGCAGAACAAGCUGCACGUGAGCAGAGCAGCCCAGCGUGGGGCCCACUCUGCUGAGCAGGACUAUGAGGAGGCUGUGCGUCUCCUGGAGGCCGAGAUCCUGGACCUCAGAACCCAGCUGGAAGGAAAGGCACAAUGUCGCUCUGCAGAGUUCAGCAAGCAGGAAGAUAAUCAGGGUCUGUGGGAAAGACUGUCCAACACCAAAAGCCAACUGCAAGCAUCUGAGCUGAGUCGCAAACAUCUGGAAAUCUCCAACAGGAAGCUGUUGAACUUUGUUGAGAAAGUACACAAGGUUCUAACGUCUGCCACCUUGCAGGGAACUGACCAUGGGGUGUUCAAGUCCAAGCACCAGCAGAGAGAAAGCGGCCUAGCCCUUCCUGGUCCUGAACAACUCCUAGCAGCUGAAGCCAAGCAGCUGAUUGAGGGGAUCUGCUCUCCAAACAAUGAAAACGGUGAGCUGGAACCAAGGGUUCAUCAUGGUUGUGAGUAUGUCCGCCGGAAUGUGAGCGUUGAGGAGAUCUUGGAAUCUGAGAUCCACACGGCAGAUGUCAUUGCCUUGAUGCCUUUGCAGCCUGAAGAAGAGAAUGAAUUUCUUCUGACAGGCUCUGGGUGCAAGGGGUGA